UAUAUAGAUGCAUCGGAUCCAUACCAUUGUAAAGCUUUACUUCAGACUGGAAGAUGGCUAGAUGGAAAGAAUUACCAAAAUUGGCAACCGGAUGGAUGCAUGCUACAUCCUUAUAAACCGAAAGAGGUGAUCGAAUGCUUGGAAGAUCGUAGGGUGAUUUUCAUAGGUGAUUCAGUGACGCGCGGAUUGUUUUAUGGAGCUUUGAGAUCGGUCAAUCAAACUAUCACUCAAGAAGGUCAACCUAAACAUUCAGAUCGCGUCAUACGAACGACUGGUGGGAUCGAAUGGACAUUUCAUUGGGAUCCUUUCUUGAAUACUACGAAUUGGAAACGGAUCUUGACCGAUCAAUCAACCCAAAGAAACGGAAAGACAAAUCAACCUGCACUCUUAGUAGUUGGAUCAGGUGUAUGGUUUCUUCGACAUCAACUACCUUUCGAACUUUGGCGUAAGAGAGUAGACGAACUAUUUGAAUACUCUUUAUCACAAAAAAAAUCGAUUGCAGAUGAGAUUGUACUUUUACCAGUCGAGAUUCCUGUGACUGAAAAAUUAUCAGCCGAACGAAAGACGAUUGGACUUAAAGAAGUGAAUCAGAUGAAUGAUUAUGCAUUACAGAAACUUGCUUCAAAAUCGGAUUACCAAAUCGCUAUUCCAUCGGUUCAUAACCUCAUGACAGCAGAAGCUGAUCUAGAGACAGCAGACGGAUUACACUACUCUGAAAAAUUGACGAGUAUGCAAGCGCGUGUGUUAUUGAAUAUGCGAUGUAACGAUAUACUCGUGAAGAAAUUUCCACUGGACAAGACCUGUUGCUCAGACUACCCUAGACCCAAUUGGAUACAAUGGUUGAUCAUCUUUAUCCUCUUAGUCUGGGCUCCUACUGGGCUGUAUCUCUACCGGAACUCGAACACGGCUUCAUCGCAUUGGACGAGGUUCUUCCCAGCUCAUGAAUACCUGGGUCCUCUGGCGGCGUUUGGUUACUCGAUUGUACUCAUCUUCCUCGCUGAUCGGACAACAUUUUUCAACAAAGAACAAAAACAAUUCAAUGGGUGGUGGUUCGGCCUAUUAAAUUUACUAGGUUUAGCUGUUGGAAUUCUUACAUCUCAAGUCUCUGAUAAGGGUGAUCUUGGUCUAUUGAAUCGUGAACAAACAGACGAAUGGAAAGGUUGGAUGCAAAUCGCCAUCUUGAUUUAUCAUUACUUAUCUGCAUCUAAGAUCUCAGGAAUUUAUAAUCCGAUUCGAGUUUGUGUGGCUUCUUAUCUUUUUAUGACCGGUUAUGGUCAUUUUACAUUCUUUUAUAAAAAGAAAGAUUUCGGUUUAUCACGGAUCGUAGGUGUGAUGGUUCGACUUAAUUUACUUACACUCGUCUUGGCUUAUAUCAUGGAUACAGAUUAUUUAUCAUAUUACUUUUCUCCACUGGUGAGUAUGUGGUUUAUGAUUAUCUGGGUGACGAUGUAUGUUGGUCAUCAAUGGAAUGAUCGGCUAGAUUUUCUGAUUGUCAAAUUGAUCGGAUCAGCCACGCUCGUUACAUUUCUCUUUCAAUCUACUACACCACUUAAAUUCACUUUUGCAGUUCUGAACAAAGUCUUUCAAACACAAUGGUUUGCAACUGAAUGGGCCUUCAGAGUCACAUUAGAUAUGUAUAUUGUUUAUUGGGGAAUGAUAGCUGCUUUAGUUUACAUUAAAGUUAAAGAGUCAAAGUUAAUUGAACGGAAUCCGGAAACGUGGCAGAAAGUUUGGACUGCAAGUAUUAUUCUCAGUGGACUUGGUAUAGUUUGGUUCUUUUGGUUUGAGCUCACUCGGUCUAACAAAUUGGAAUAUAAUCAAACUCAUCCUUAUACUUCAAUCAUUCCGAUCGCGAGCUUUAUUAUAUUGAGAAACUCGACGGGUUUUUUGAGAAGCGUUAAUAGUAGGGCUUUUGUGUUUAUUGGACAAUGUUCUCUUGAAACUUUCAUCAUACAGUUUCAUUUCUGGCUUGGCGCUGACACUAAAGGUAUCCUGGUCAUGAUCCCAUGGAAUCGAUGGAGAACCUUAAACUUUAUACUUUCAUCUAUUGUCUUUGUGUUUAUCAGUCAUCAAGUGGCAAUCAAAACAGGCAAUCUAACAGAUUGGGUUUGUAAUAAA